ACGCAACGGCGCCUGCGCAAAGAAGUCGAUCUUCCUCGCCAGUGAAAAGUAGUGGCGUCGGUUAAUAGGUAUUGUUUGGACAGCCGCAAGUGCUGAUUGAUGUGGUUGAGCUCUUGGAAUACAGGUACAUCUUCACGACUAUUUUAGUAGAAAAUGUUACGGGUCAAGAAUGGACUUCUGCGUCAUUGGCCCUUAUGUUGCAAGAGAGAAGCAAGUCUGUUUCCCCUCCAACCAAGUUGGUGUUUGCUGCAUCAGCAUGUACUCCAUCCUGAAUGGACUGCAAUGGCUAAAAAACAGCUAAAGGGCAAAAGCCCUGAAGAGUUGAUAUGGCACACUCCAGAGGGAAUUGCCAUCAAGCCACUGUAUUCUACACGUGACACAGCAGGCUUUCCUGAAGAAUUACCUGGAGUAAAGCCCUUCACAAGAGGUCCUUAUCCUACCAUGUAUACAUACAGGCCUUGGACCAUCCGCCAAUAUGCUGGCUUCAGUACUGUGGAGGAAAGCAACAAGUUUUAUAAAGAUAACAUCAAGGCUGGUCAGCAGGGUUUAUCCGUCGCAUUUGAUUUAGCAACUCAUCGUGGUUAUGACUCAGAUAAUCCUCGAGUUCGGGGUGAUGUUGGAAUGGCUGGAGUUGCCAUUGACACAGUAGAAGAUACUAAGAUUCUUUUUGAUGGAAUUCCCUUGGAGAAAAUGUCUGUUUCAAUGACAAUGAAUGGGGCAGUAAUUCCUAUUUUAGCCACAUUCAUAGUUACUGGGGAAGAACAAGGAGUGCCUCAAUCCAAGCUGACAGGGACAAUACAAAACGAUAUAUUGAAGGAAUUCAUGGUUCGAAAUACGUACAUUUUCCCACCAGAACCAUCAAUGCAAAUAAUUGCUGACAUCUUCCAAUAUACAUCAAAGCACAUGCCAAAAUUUAAUUCUAUUUCUAUCAGUGGAUACCAUAUGCAAGAGGCUGGAGCUGAUGCCAUUUUGGAGUUAGCAUAUACAAUAGCUGAUGGCUUGGAGUACUGCAGAACUGGACUUAAAGCUGGUCUCACCAUUGAUGAAUUUGCACCAAGGAUCCUUACAAUAACAUCAUCCGCACCACAGUUGAAGCAAUGGCAGCUGUGUUUGGUGGUACCCAGUCCUUGCAUACAAAUUCAUUUGAUGAAGCUUUAGGACUGCCAACUGUGAAAAGUGCUCGAAUUGCAAGGAAUACACAGAUAAUAAUACAAGAAGAAUCUGGCAUACCUAAAGUUGCUGAUCCAUGGGGUGGUUCAUUUCUAAUGGAAUCUCUUACCAAUGAUGUUUAUGAAGCUGCUUUAAAGCUCAUCAAUGAGAUUGAGGAGAUGGGUGGAAUGGCCAAAGCUGUAGCUGAAGGAAUACCAAAACUUCACAUUGAAGAAUGUGCUGCUCGAAGACAAGCCAGGAUUGAUUCUGGUUCAGAAGUAAUUGUUGGAGUAAACAAAUACCAAUUAGAAAAAGAAGAGACUGUUGAAGUUUUGGCAAUUGAUAAUACAUCAGUCCGUAACAAACAAAUUGAGAAGCUGAUAAAGGUGAAAGCUUGCAGAGAUGAAGUAGCAGCCCAAAAAUGCCUCACUGCUUUAACUGAAUGUGCGGCUACAAGGCAAGGUAACUUGCUGGCCCUGGCAGUAGAUGCAGCACGUGCAAGAUGUACAGUUGGUGAAAUAACAGAUGCCAUGAAAAAAGUGUUUGGUGAGCACAGAGCCAGUGAUCGCAUGGUGAGUGGUGCUUACCGUCAGGAAUUUGGAGAGAGUGAUGAGAUUACUCAAGCCAUCAGCAGAGUUAACAAGUUUCUGGAACGGGAAGGUCGUAGACCACGUCUUCUGGUUGCUAAAAUGGGCCAGGAUGGCCAUGACAGAGGAGCCAAAGUAAUUGCUACAGGAUUUGCUGACCUUGGUUUUGAUGUAGAUAUAGGUCCACUAUUCCAGACACCCCUUGAAGUGGCCCAGCAGGCUGUAGAUGCUGAUGUGCACUGUGUAGGGGUGAGCACACUAGCUGCUGGUCACAAAACUCUUGUUCCUGAACUUAUCAAACAGCUAAAUUACCUUGGACGCCCAGAUAUUCUUGUCAUGUGUGGAGGUGUCAUCCCUCCUCAGGAUUAUGACUACCUGUAUGAAACUGGCGUUUCCAAUAUAUUUGGUCCAGGAACUCGAAUCCCUAAAGCAGCUGUCCAGGUUCUUGAUGAUAUUGAAAAAUGUCUGGAUAAGAGGCAGCAAUCACUAUAAACCAUUAUCAUUUCAUAAUUAAUUCUUCACAUUAUAUACAUGUACAGAUUUAUUAUAUGAAUGUGAUAUGAUCAAUUGCGAGGAAAAUAAUCAAUUUAAAUCAGCUUCAAUAUCUGAUAUUUUGUUGUGCUUUCUAAGAAAGUAGAAAAUGUAUGUGGACUUAAACAUGAGACAUUAUUUUAUGAAUGGGGAUGUAUAAAAUUUAUCAAUAAAAUCAAAAUGGUUCAAUAAAAAUUCAAUUGAAUGCUUAAAUAGCUAUUGCAUAGAAGUUGUUUCAUAUAUACAUAUAUUCUAGCAGCUUUAUUUUACAAUCUCUGCAUUUAAACAAAUUGUAAAAUAAAGCUGUGAAAAUUGAGUAGAGAGGCAACAUCUCAAAUGUAUUCAAAUUUAGCUUUUGGCACAAAUAUGUUGCUGGGAUAGUUUAUACAAUGUGAUGGAAACUUUAUUGAUGUAACAUGAGCAAUAUGCAGAGAAAUAAAUAUUCAUGUGGAUGUUAGUCCUUACAUGUUAA